AUGAGUCAAAACCAACAGCUUCCGGAUAGUGAAGGCCUUCAGGUCGACACUCAUGCUGAGCAGGCUGCCAAAGCCCCGGAGGUAGCCGGAUAUAGCCAAAAUGGACAUUACUAUGUGUCUCCGGAAUAUCAAUCGCCAGCUCCUCAGGGACAAAGACCUCCUUUCGGUUUGGGACUAUGGGCAUUCGCUGGACUUGUUGCUCUAUUAACGGCAAUCGUCGUCGGUGCCGGUGUUGGUGGAGGAUUGGGCGCUGCCCUGGCAAACAAAUCUAGUGAUUGUUCAGCCGAUUCCGCUGUGGACGCUCCUCGCGCGACAGCAGAGCCAACCUCAUGCCCAACCCUCGACAAUAGCACAUCUACCGAAAACGCGACAGCCCCUUACGUUCCUAGGUCUCCAUCUAAGGUCGAAAAUCUGGAACUGGAUUGUCCCGAUAAGUUGAACGACGAGACAAGGUAUAAAUCAAACAAGGGGUACGAGUUUAAGUGGUGGUGCGGCGUGAACGCGCCACAAGGCGAUAAAGCAAAGGAGGGAGGCGUUGUCUUUGACUACCUUUCAUUCUUUGCGUACAGUAUUAAUGAUUGUAUGGAGGCUUGCGGUAAUAUGAACCAAAAGGACGAUGAGAACCAUACUGGCUUGAGAUGCAAGAGUGUUGUUUUCUCAAAACGCAUGUCGGUGGAUUAUGAUGCCCAAAACGGUAACUGUUGGUUAAAGAAUGCGUCGAAAUCAGCGGGUGGUAACUGGGGAUUCAAGCAGGACUUUUUCGCAUAUGCUGAGUUGAACGAUUAG